AUGCCAAAACUAUUAUUUUCAAAGAUACGGAUCAAUGAAUUUAAGGAUCUGCUGCAAAAUAUGACACAGACGAGAAGGAUCGAUAUCCUUUUAAGCCGAAAAAUAUAGAAAAAAGACAUUCAGUGUAUUCUGAUACAGAAGAUAAAUGAUGACUCCUUUUCUACAAAAAUCAAAAUUCAACCAAGUCUUGAUAAAGAGUUGAAGGACAAAAAGUACUUUGCAGCCUUCAGAUCCUUCCUGCAGUCUGAAUUCCGUGAGGAGAAUAUUGAGUUCUGGCUAGCAUGCCGUGACUACAGAGAGAACACCCCACCAGCCGACCUUUCCUGGAAAGCAAAAGAGAUCUACCAGGAGUUCCUCCAUCCCCUCUCGCCCCUACAAAUUAACGUUGACCACCACAUCCGUGAGAAGAUCAAAACAUCCAUGAGGUCUCCUGGUCUGUGCUGCUUUGAUGAGGCGGUGGGAAAUGUGUACAGACUGAUGGAGAAGGACUCAUGCCCCAGGUUCCUCAGGUCAGAUGCCUACCUAGGGUUCAGACGCAAAGCCAGGACCCUCUGA